AUGUCAAAUAUCGAUAUAGGCAGCGACGGCCUGAUGGUGGAAUACGACUCCAGAGCUUAUCUCGCGCAAUCAUGGCCCGUUACCGUUGACCAAAACCCCUCGCUCCCGGAAGAUGGUCAUGAUCUGUCGCCGCUGCAAACAAGCGGUCACCCUCUGGAACAGUCGGUGGCCCCGGAUCCCAACUUGAUGGUCGACUGGCACUACCAUCAGCAACUCCAACAGACCCCUCAUCAUCACUCGCAAUUAUCACAAUUAUCUUACGCCCCCGAGGAUCCGUCCACGGCGCCGCAAUUCACCACCGCCAGCUAUGGCAUGGCAAUGCAGACCUCGCCGGUGGAUCUCAUGUCCGCCGGACCCCAAGGUCAAAUGAGUGCCGCCUUACUCGAUCCGACUUCCUAUCAGCUGCCUCUGUCAGCGCCCGUGGACGUGAUGUCCUUCCCCUAUCACGACUUCCAGGCCGAUCUCUCGAUGGCGUUUAAUGGAUUGCCCGAUGUGUCUCCCUACGGAGCCCCGCACCCGCUCCUGGAGAGCAGCUCACCCACGGACACAUAUCUGGAGGUUCGCUCGCUCUCGAGCAGUGACAACGGCUGGAGUACCGUAGACCACCGACGUUCCCUGGAUUUUGGCUACCCGGAGCAGAAUAUCUUUGUCAACCCCACACAAACCCUGCACGAUCGCAGUCUGUCCGAGUCGUCAUACGCGGGCUCGUACGGCAGCUUCAUCGAUAUCGCAAAUCCGAUCAGCUCCCCUGGCUCGGAUGGUCAUCUGGACUAUCCCUAUCACACCAGUGCCGGCCUGAGCCUGGCAACGUCUCCGAUCAGUACCUCGAUGGUCCACCGGGUGACCGAGGACUACUCCUCUCCUCUAGCUGGUUCCGUGGCGGGGUCCCGUUCCCCGUCCGCAGUCAGCCCAACAGCCAUGGUUCGCCCGAUCCCGGUUCCCGUCCCCAUCAAGAAGUCGACCUCGCCCACUCGCUCAUCCGGUUCCCACACAUCAGCAUCACCGCCCAGCAGGAAACCCUCCCGCAAGAGCCCGAUCGCCGCCAAAACAGCCGAGACCAAGGUGCGCAAGCAGUCUCAGACGGGCAAGCCCGAGACGGAGAAGCGGGUCGGUAAGCGAAAGGGUCCCCUCAAGCCCGAUCAGCGGAAACAGGCCAGCGAGAUUCGGAAGCUGCGUGCUUGUCUGCGUUGCAAGUUCCUCAAGAAAACCUGUGACAAGGGUGAGCCCUGUGCGGGUUGCCAACCGUCGCACGCCCGGCUAUGGCAGGUGCCCUGUACGCGCAUUGAUAUCAAGGAGAUUGGCUACUUCAUGAAGGAUUGGAAAGCCGACUACGAACGACAUGUCACCGUGGGAUUCACUGUGGGCAACAUCAAGGGAUUCUCGGACCAAGAACGCACGUUAUACAUCACCCACGGAUAUGGUCAAAUCCUACCAAUUGCCGCACGCGAGGUCUUCGUUUGGGAUGAGCAGUGUUUCAAGAUUGAGUGGGUGGAGUCUAUGAAUCGUGCACCGACCGCGUAUGAGGUGGAGACGGCGAAGCUGUCAGCGGGCAUGGAGGGAAUCUCACACGCGAUGCUGUCAGACUACCUAGAUCGCCACAUUGAUGGUAAUGGUACCUUUGAAAAGUUUGUCGACGACUAUUUCGAGGGCACUCCCUUUUUAACCCAGAUGCUCAAGACGGCCUUCCGCUACUACUACCGCACAAAGCUUCCCGUCAUCCGCAAGGCGCUUAAGUUGAUCAUUGCCUACAAUCUGACUCUUCACGUCACCAUGGUAGAGGGUCUAGGGGAUGAGACAGAAUUCACCGGGCGGAUCAACGAGCCGGGCUCCAAAUUCCGUGGCAGGACUAUGGCGCCCGUCAUGAUCAACUUCCAGAUCAAGUGUGCCAUGGCCAGCAUGUGGCGUGAAUUACAAAAGGAUGUACUUGAGGAGCUGUCUGCCAUGUACUCGAGUGUGUACAGCGGUGAGAAGCUCAAGAAUUGGCCGACCAUCUUCAUGCUCGCCUCCAUUCUUCUGGCCGUGUGGGAGGAGAUGCAAUUUGACUCUCACUACCGAACCCCGGACCCCGCUGCUGUGGACAAAUUCUGCACCGACAUGGAGACCACGCCCGUUGGUGUGAUUGUUGGUUUGUUCCAGGCCAUAUCUCAGAAGUUGCCUCCUUUCACCGAAUGGGAUUCGCAAAAGCACCACCACCUUCUUUUCUCCAAUCCCGAUGUAUGCAGCACCAUGACCGAGGUCCGCCAACACGUGGAGCAGCAUGAGAGCUACCUUCGCGGUCGCUCGGGUACCAAUUUCAACCGUGACGACUUUGACUGCUUGUCGAACAAGUUUGUCUCUCGGCUGGUCAUUCGUGCCAACUAA